AUGUCGGGGUGUAAAUCUCCGGACCUUGUGUACCUCCCCCACCCACCACUUGCCCUUUCGGUUACCGUGAUUUACCUCCAUCGUGAUGACCUUGGGUUGGUUCAUUUCUGGGCACCAACUUUUAAAUGGGGUAUUAGCAUUGCCAACGUUGCCGACUUCUCCAAGCCACCUGAAAAUAUCUCUUAUCCUCAGCAAUUUGUUGUUGCAUGCACUGGUGUAAUCUGGUCCCGAUACAGCACGAUCAUCACACCGAAGAACUGGAACCUUUUUAGUGUAAGUGUCGGAAUGGCUGGAACCGGGCUUUAUCAGCUGUCUCGCAAAAUCAGGCAUGAUUACUUAUCUGCAGAAGAAAAAGAACCUCUCAAGGAAUGAUGUUAUUAUGAUCAGCAACUUUUCUUUGCUGUUGCAGCAAUUGACAAUUCAAUGUCCGGUUGAUAACCUGUAAAAUGUUUUACUUCUAAAUCAUUCCACGCAAUUCAUUGUUUCAUGUAAGAUGCAAUUAGUCUGGGUGACUACUGCAUUUCUGGGAACUA